AUGGCUGGGCCAGCGCCAUCGCAGGUCCUUGAUGAGUUAGAGGCCAAGGGCAAAAUGCAAAAAGGCAGCUGGCUAAGAGACUGGUUGGACGCUUUGGCCUUUUCCUUGUCUGGCUUGGACUGCACAGGCACCACCUGUGCUGCCAUGGCCUUCACCAUGGAAGAGUUGCAUUGGGAAGGCUCUCGUGGCUUGGCCUAUCCCAAGGGUGGCAUGGGCUCCGUGGUAGAAGCCCUGGUAAAGGCCGUGGAGAAGUUCGGGGGCGAAGUUUGCACCAAGGUCAAGGUCGAGGAGGUUCUCUUAGAGGGGCAGUGUGCUGUGGGUGUUCGCAGCUCCAAAGGCGAGCUGCGAGCUCGGGAGGCGGUGGUGUGCAAUGCCCCGAUUUGGGAUGCGGCCAAGCUGCUGCCUCAGGAUCUGAGCUUAGAUGACAUGAAGCAAGAUUGGCAGGAGACUCCCAUGACGCGCUCCUAUCUCCACUUACACCUGGGUCUAGAUGCGGAAGGUCUCGAUCUAUCACAGCUGGAGGCACACUACACCAGCAUGACCAACUGGAAGGAUGUCACUGCAGAGCAGAACAUGGUGGCGAUCUCAAACCCUGCUUUACUGGAUCCCACGCUAUGCCCUCCGGGAAAGCUGGUUCUUCACCUCUACGGGGCCGGCAACGAGCCAUUUGAGAUCUGGGAGAACCUCAAGGGCGAGGAGUACGAAGCCUUGAAGGCCAAGCGAGCGAAACGCCUGUGGCAAGCUUUGGAGGAAGUGAUCCCUGAUGCCCGGCGACGAGCAGAGGUGGCUUUGGUGGGUAGCCCCCUGACGCAUCGCCGGUUCUUGCGACGCACGGCUGGAACAUAUGGCCCAAAGCCUAUCUUUGGUCGCUUCGGGCCUGGCAAGGUGCCUUUUCGCACAGCAGGUGAUGCUUUGCCCGCUGCCCGGGGCGAGCAUGGCAUUGAACAUUUGCUCCUUUGUGGCGAUUCCACCUUUCCAGGCAUUGGAGUGCCAGCUGCUGUGGUCUCGGGCCUGUCUGCUGCACACACAACCAUGGACGUCUGGGACCACUUGGAUCUUCUGAGCCGUGCUGGCUAUUGA